AUGAAAGCAAAAAAGUCCAUCCUAGUCAUAGUCUUGUUGCUGUUAGUUACAGUCCGAAGCAAACGCAAAGUUCUACCGGAGUGUGGCAUUCCGAAGAUCGGUGGCAACGAACUGAUCACCAAUGGACAGGACACCGCUCCGGGGGACUGGCCAUGGCAUGCAGCGAUCUUUCACCGCAAAGGUCGUUCCACGGAUUACGUCUGCGGUGGAACCGUAAUCAGCGAAGAAUUCAUCGUGACGGCGGCUCACUGCGUCAUGAAUGCGGCAAACGGUUUCCGACUGGCCCGGAAUCGUGUGUUUGUUCGGUUGGGAAUUCACGAUCUGGAUUCGGUAAAUCCUGCAUUUGUGCAGCAGCAUGAAGUCGAGAAAAUUUAUAAGUUUGCCAACUUUACUCGAUUAACCGACGACAUUGCGUUGCUAGAACUUAGUACAACCAUUCGCUUUACCGAUUACGUUCAACCGGCUUGUGUGAAUCUGGAUCCUAAUAUAACCGGAGAGUAUGGUACUGUCGUUGGAUGGGGGUUAACAGAAAAUGACGAAACAUCGCCAAUUUUGAAAACAGCGGACAUUCCUGUGGUCGACCCCAUUGUGUGCUUGAAAACUAAUCGUGUGCUCUUCGGCCAUACUCUGGACGAAGGUCUGUUCUGUGCUGGAUAUACAAACGGAACCGGUGUCUGUAACGGUGACAGUGGAGGAGGGUUAUUUUUCCGAAGAGCCAAUUCUUGGUUCCUGGGCGGAAUUGUGUCCUUUUCACAGGUUCGAUCAGACCGAUCCAACAACUGUUACACGAAGGGUUAUGGAGCGUUCACGAAGGUACACCAUUAUGUCUCGUGGAUCAGUGAAAUCACAGGGAUAAGUUUUAAGCGAAACACGGUGCAAAUUUGUAAAGCAGUUGAACCCAAACAAAAGAACGUAUCUUCGAAAUUGCUUCCUCGGCAUUGUGGCGUUUAUAUUCCAAACCGAAUCGUUGGUGGAGUACAAGCCAAAGUGUUUGAAUUUCCGUGGAUGGCACUAUUAUUGGAAAACGACAAACUCUACAUGUGCCAAGGAACGUUGAUAAGCAGGCGUUAUAUCCUGACGGCUGCCCAUUGCUUUGGUUAUUCACUACCCGACAAAGUGCGUCUGGGUGAGCACACGAUCGAUCAGGAUGUUGAUCGCAAUGACCGGGAUGAGGAU